AUAAUAAUCAAAGAGAUUAUAAUGAUCGUAGGCAGCAGGUCGAAAAUGUGCAACAAGAUUCAUUUAAUUUUGGAUACUCUGGAAAUACUAGAUUUCAAGAGAACAAUUAUCAAGGUGGAAUGUAUGGAAAUAUGAACAAUGCAACUAAUUAUCAAAAUUGUACUCAAGAUCCGUAUAUGAGCCAAAUGAAUUCUUCACAGCAGUAUCCAAUAAUAGCAAAUGAAAGAAAUAAUUGGAAUAAUUCUUAUAACGGAGAACAAAGAUCCAAUGUCAAUCCUCAAACUCAUGCCAAUAUGUCACAGCCGCCACCUCGUAUCAAUCAUGCACCACCUAGUAUCCUUCAAUCAACAGAUAUUCAUCAGAGGCCUCCAGGAAUGCCUUCUAUGCAAUCUAAUAUAUCGCAGUCGGUCAGCAUGCAUCAAGCACCACCUGUGACAUCUCAACUUAAUUCAACUGCAGUGCCAGCUGGAUUGCCUCAUGUUCGAAUGUCUCAGCCGCCUCCCCUUUUGCCUCCAGGAGUUUCUCAAACGCAUCCUGUUAUACCAUCAUUAACGAGUUUAGUGAUUCCUCCACCUACUGGGAUACAGUUAAAUCCAUCAAACAACACUCAAGUACCUCCUCCGCCGCUACAUCCACAAAUGCCAAUGUCAAUGUCACUGCAGCAAAAUGUUCAAAUACAACCUUUGACAUCAAAUGCACAGAUAAAAGCUUCAGUUCAAUCUCCUUUACAAAUUCAAUCUCCCAUACAAACAAAUACACAAGCACAAACUUUAAUUCAAACAAAUAUACAAAUUCCUCCUCCAAUGACUUUGCAUUCUAUACCAGAACCUCAGCCUUUAGAUGCGAUGACCAUACCAAGACCAGCACCAUUAAAUUUGCUUUCUAUACCACCACCAUUACCAUUGUGCUUGAAUCAGAUACCACAGCCAAAAGAUAUUGAUGUUAGAAAUAUUCCACCUCCUCAGCAAAUGAAUGUAUCUGGUAUCAAGAUGCCUGAUAGCACACCACUAUUUCCAGUAAAAUCAAAAGUUUUAUCCACAGAUGAUCCAAUGUUCCAAAACGAUGGCUCGAAUGAUCAGUGUGAUAGAAAACGAAAUCCUGGGAGUAACCCAAUAGAACGUGUUGCUAAACUUGUUGUAGAAAUUGGAGAUGGAUAUGAAGAGAUCUUUAAACAAAAACACCAACACGAACCAGAAUUCUGGUUUUUGUUUAAUCCUGAAUCUGCAGAAUACACAGAGUACAAGGAUUUGGUCAAAAAGUUGAAGGAAGAUAAACCGAAUCAAUGUUACAGUCCGGAGGAAUUAUAUGAACCUGAAUAUAGUUUAAAUGAUGAUGAGGAAGAUGAGCAAGAUGUCAAAAUUAAAAUUGAAAAGUGUUCUCCAAAAAAAGAGCAAAUAUCAUUAGUGUCCCAAUUUUAUGAUGAUGUUAAUGAUCAAAAUUCUAUCGAAGGUGAUACUAAAGUGAAGGUAGAAAAAACUGAAGAUAUUAUUGACAGUGAAGAAAAUAAAAGGAAACGGAAAAGGAAAAGUCGAUGGGGAAGUGAGAAAGAUAUUAACCCAGUACUUCCUGCACCAAAUGUUGUGCAUGUACCUAGCUUAGGAAUUGCUCUCCCUCCUGAUGUUGCACCAUUGACAGUACCCGCUCCGAAAAUAUCAAUAAAUAAAGUAACAAGAACGGAUAAAGCACUCCUUCAAUAUGCUAAAAACACAUUUGGAACUACAGAUCUUUCAGAAGAAGAUUGGGUAAAAGCAGAAGAUCAUUUCAAAAUUAAUUUGUUAUAUCAAGAAAUGUUACGCAAAAGGAAAGAACUGGAUCAACUUGCAAAGAGUGGGAAACAUAAAUAUGAAUAUGAUUCAGAUGAAGAAGUUGAAGGUGGAACCUGGGAGCAUAAACUACGAUCACAAGAAAUGGAAGCAACUCAGAAAUGGGCUGAAGAGUUAACUAAAAAAUCUGAAGGUAAACAUCAUAUUGGCGAUUUUUUACCUCCGGAAGAAUUAAAAAAGUUUAUGGAAAAAUAUUCUGCUGCUAAAAAUGGCCGUGAGCCUGAUAUAUCAGACUAUAAGGAGUACAAACUAAAUGAGAAUAAUGUAGGAUUUCAAAUGUUACAAAAAUUAGGCUGGAAAGAUGGAGAAGGACUUGGUUCCAGUGGCAGUGGAAUAGUAGAACCUAUUAAUAAGUGA